AUGACCGAUGCAGGUGGAUAUGAUAACAUGGAAUUUACGGAGCGAGAUGCUAGGAACUACAUUGGUAAACACAGAAGAUCCUUAUGUAAGGACGGUGAUGGACAAGCAUUGUUGCGACACUUUUCGGCAAAGAAAGANUUAAACAAAGAUUUCUAUUACGAGAUUGAGUUGGAUGAAGGGAAUANAAUUUGCUCUGUUUUCUGGGCGGAUGCGAGAAGUAGAGCAGCAUCUGAAGAAUUUGGGGAUGUUUUGUGUUUCGACACAACUUAUUUAACGAAUAAGUAUGAUAUGCCAUUCGCGCCUUUUGUUGGAAUCAAUCAUCAUGGGCACUCCAUAUUACUUGGUUGUGGAUUGUUGUCAUCCGAAGACACAAACUCUUUUGUGUGGUUGUUCCAAUCGUGGUUGAGAUGCAUGGGUAAUAAGGCCCCAAUANGAAUUAUAACUGAUCAAUGUAGGGCAAUGGCAAAUGCCAUUGAAGAAGUUUUUCCCAAUACCAAGCAUCAAUGGUGUUUAUGGCACAUAAUGAAAAAGUUGCCAGAAAAAUUCAGCGCUUGUAAGGAAUAUAAUAGUAUAAAAUCACAUAUUAAGAAGCUUGUGUAUGACAGUGGUUGUCCAUCAGAUUUUGAAAGUGGUUGGGGAGCACUACUACGGAGGCAUGGAUUACAUGAAAAUGAAUGGUUAUGCACAAUGUAUGACGACAGACACAAAUGGGUCCCUUGUUAUUUGAAGAAAGAUUUUUGGGCUGGCAUGUCAACCACUCAAAGAAGUGAGGGAAUGAAUGCCUUUUUUGAUGGCUUUAUAAAUUCAAGCACAACCCUUCAACAAUUUGUGGUUCAAUAUGACAAUGCCCUAAGAGUUAAAGCACAAAAAGAAAUUCAAGCUGAUUUCUCAUCCCUAAACACGACGGUUGGAUGUGGCUCUCAGUCACCAAUAGAGAGACAAUUUCAACUGGAGUCACCAAUAGAGAGACAAUUUCAACUGGAGUACACACAUUCAAAGUUUGAAGAAGUUCAAACCGAAUUUAGGUCAAGAAUGAAUUGUUUCAUCAAAGACACUGUUAAGGAUAACAUGUCAAACACUUACACAGUUAAAGAGGAGCGGCUAUGGGAUGGCAAAAGUGCAGACCAAUAUCAUACAGUACAAUUUGAUCCAAUUACCAAAGACAUCACCUGUUCGUGUUUACUCUUUGAGUUUCGGGGUAUAAUAUGUCGNCACUCCCUUUUGGUUUUUGGACAGGAAGAUGUUUGUAGUGUACCCUCAAAAUACGUUCUUCGUAGGUGGAGCAAGAAUAUCCGUAGAAGACACACUUUGAUUAGAGCAGCGUAUAUUAACUCCAGUCUUCAACCUACCAUGCAAAGAUACCAAAGUUUGUGCAAAUCAUUCUACGAAAUUGCUGAGGUAGCGUGUGAGUCAGAACAUGUUUCUAGGGAGUUGGAGAAAAAACUUCAUAUGUUGUGUAAAAAGUUUGGCUGCAGUUCUACGAUGACAAAUAACAUAGUGAGUGAAGGAGGCGAACUGCGUUACGACAAUGUUGUCCCUACUUCCAUACAAGAAAGCAGUGGUGAAAGUGGUGAUUUACUUGUACGUAGUCCCAUAGCAGUCAAACGGAAGGGGUGA